AGCCCGCCAGGGUACGGAUUAACAACUGAUUAGCGGACUGAAGCUGCCCCCGGCCCACACACCGCAGCUGGCCCUCCCCGCGCUAGCAGGUGGCGCCUCCCCUCCGGCGGCGGCCGUGGCGGCCUUUCCUCCACUUGGCCCGGCUCCCCGGUCCGCAGGUCCUGUCCUCCCCGCCAUCUGUUGCAGGGCGCGGCGACGCGGAAGGAACAGGCCCCUUUGCCAGCACAGGGGGGUGCAGUAGUCGGAGGAACUUGCACUGGUAAAAAGCUAUUCUUGCUCUGAAGAUUUUGUAACAGUCGUCAAAAUGUGGAAUGCUGUGGCUAAAAUCCUAUUAAGGACUAAAGUCCACCAAGACUAUUCACGCACUCUACUGCUAGUGCAAAAGGGCAGGAGUAUUCUUACAAGACCGCCUUCCUCUAGGAAUUGUUGGCAGCAUAUAGCUGGAGCAGUUCAGCCUUUCAACGUGAGUACAAGUAUCCAGAAAGUGGAAGCUUUGGAUGUGAAUAAUUUUGUCCGUAUUCACUGGGAAGAUGGGAGUAAGAGCCUUUACCCUGCUGUAUGGCUAAGAGACAACUGCCAGUGCCCUGACUGCUUCCUGCAUUCUGCUAAAGCACGCAAACUGCUUUUGGAAGACCUGGAUGUUAACAUUGGAGUGAAGGAGGUCAUUUUGACAGAUAGACAAAAGGUGUAUAUUACAUGGCCAGACAAACACACCAGUGAAUUUGAGGCUGAAUGGCUGAAGAAAAGGUGCUUUUCUGAACAAGCCAGAGCAGAAAUGCAAGAAGAAUUAUUUUUACCAGAAUGUAAAUAUUGGGGCUCAGAUCUGCAGCUCCCAAAUAUGUCUUUUGAAGAAGUCUUACACAGUGAUGAAAGUGCCUACAAGUGGCUUUCCACCCUUAAAAAAGUAGGAAUUGUGCUGUUAACAGGAGCUGUCACUAGACAGGGAGAGUUGGUUAAACUUGGCAAAAGGAUUGGUUUCCUGCGUCUCACAUUUUAUGGCCCUACUUGGCAAGUGGAAGACAAAAGGGAUGCUAAUAAUGUGGCUUACACAUCUGGGAAGCUAAGUUUUCACACUGAUUACCCUGUUCUGCAGCAUCCUCCUGGGAUUCAGUUUCUUCAUUGUAUAAAACAAGCAGCUACUGGAGGUGAAAGUGAAGUUGUAGAUGGAUUUCAUGUAUCCAACAAGCUGAAGGAGCAAAAUCCUCAAGCCUUUCAGAUCCUCUCCUCCACCCUUGUAGACUUCACGGAUGUUGGGGUCGACUACUGUGAUUUCACUAUGCAGUCUAAACAGAGGAUUAUAGAUGUAGAUUACAGAGGCCAGGUGGUUCGUAUCAAUUAUAAUAAUGCAACAAGAGACACUGUUUUUGACAUACCUGCUGAAAAAGUGCAGCCGUUUUAUGCAGCUUUGAAGGAAUUUGUUGAUCUAUUGAACAGCCCGGAACAUAAGUUUACCUACAAGAUGAAACCAGGAGACAUAGUAACAUUUGACAACUGGCGUUUACUGCAUGGUCGCCGGAGCUACCAAUCAGGAACAGAAAUAUCCCGUCACCUCGAAGGUGCUUAUGCAGACUGGGAUGUGGUAAUGUCAAGACUCCGACUCCUGAGGAAAAUCGUCCAGAAUGGCAAUUAAGCUUUCUUCUGGUUUAAUAAUUAGCAGUGCCUUGGAUGGUUCAUCUUUGUUUUAAAAAAUAUAAAUAUAGUUGAUUUCCACAUUUUAAACCUUCGCUAAUAUAACCUUUGAAAGACUGAAUAUAUUUUUCAAAGGUAUGCUUUGUUGAAAACAAUAUAUCUCGCAGUAUAUCUUUAUUCUGCUGUCAUUGUAAGUGGUAUUACACCCUGCUGUACUAGUCUGAAACUGGUUAGAUACCAAUACACCACAAAUAGGCCUUCCCUUCUCAGAAAUCAGUCUCUCCAGGUGAGGCAUCAAGAAAAGCCUUUCACAUAUCACCCAUUAAGGGUUUGUAAUGGACAGCAGCUUUCUGAGAAUUUUAUAUCUAUUUUCAGAGAUAUAAAACUCGUUUUCUUUAUGCCACCCAAAAAAAAACCAACAACAAAAGCUUUAGAAUCUGCAGUGAUGUUAACAAGCAAUUCUACUCUGGAAAGUGACUAUUCAAAAAUAGCAUCUUCUUACUCAAUAGAUCUGCUCUUUGUGUAUGUUCAGAGCCACUCCUGCUUAAUUUCACACCCACGAGUAAGUUUUUGUAGUACUUUUUAUUCCAGUUAUGUCUAAAGAGUCCAUACAGCUAUAGGAGAAGAGAUGGACUCAUACCCUUCCUUAUCAGCAGUAGUAUUACAGUACUACCUAACGUCCAGAGAUCAGACCCCUGUUGCAGAGGGUGCUUUGCACAUACGUAGUAGAAGACUCUCCCUGUGCUGAAGAGCUUACAGACUGUACAGCCAAAGGAAGUGUUUUGGCCCCAUUUUACAGCUAGGAACUGAGGCACUGAGAGAUUCAGUAUGAGAGUCACAUGGGGGACUAGGCUCAGCAUUGCAAAGCCUAACUUUAAGGCACUUCGUCACCAAGUGGAAUUCACAGCCCUGAGUUAGGCACCUGGGCUCCCUAUACAACAAGGGGAGAAUUAGUUGCCUAAAGAUAGGAUUCACAAAAGGCAGCAGAUUGAGCUGGGAGCUGCCCAAGAUAGCCAGUAUGAAAUGCCAAGGAGAGGGGUGUGUCCUAAACCCCGCUCUUCAGUAGGUGGUAGGUGCCUAACUCCAGGCCUAAUGGAGGCAUCUCUCUCCACUUGGGAUUCACAGCCAUGAAGCCUUUCCUGGAAUUCAUUGCCUAAGCCAGGUCAUCCCUUUCUCAAGAAAAACAGAGGAGAAGCCCCCUCCCACCAACACCAACAUCAACCCAGAACAUGGGAGACUCUGGUUCAGUUCUGCCUUCUGUCUCAGAUAUCCAUACUGACCAACAUUUCCAAAAUAAUUUCAGGGAGAUUUGUGGUGGUAUUUAAUUUGCUAAUAAAGCCUAUCUGAAUAGACACACUAUAGAAGUUCCUUUAUAUUAUUACUUUGCUAAAUAAUACUAUAGAAACAUGUAUUUACUUUAUUAAUUAUCUUGUUGAAGUACUGUGAACAUAUCACUCUUGCUUUCUUCAGCCUCUCCUUGCUCGGAUAGAGCUGGUAACAGUACUGUUUGCAAAACAAAUUCAUUUUGGUGGUAAGUACACCCCUUAGUGUCCUAGUUUUGAUUUCAUUUCUCUGAUGGGUGCAAAUUUUUGCACAUAUGCUGAAAAUCCUUUCACAUCCAGCAUUGCUAUGAGACAAAACUCAGAUAGCUUUGGAAAGCAGUGGAAACUGUGGUGUCCCUGACACUGGACUUUUUAGUUCACUCAUCUUGUUGCAAAAAAACGUCACUAGCAUUGAUUCUGUUUCAAAUUAAAACUUCUUUGUUAACUGGGAGGUAACAAAUUCAUUGUUGAGGCUGUCCAUUUCUUCUGUGGGAAUUACUGGAAAGGUUGUCAGUGUCUUCACUAGAAUAGAAAAUUCAUGUCUGCUUCUCUUCCUGAAAUCUAACACAAAGACUAUAAAAUGUCAUCCUUCUCUGAAGUUUUUCCAGAAGAGCUUCCAUAGCUUCGCAUUCAUUCACUUCACAUCAGAGUAAAAACUUUUACUGAUAGUGUCACAAUGAGCACUGCAUUAAAUUUCUUCAGACUUCAGGAAUGGUGAGGCACAAAAUCCAACAAACAAUUUAUUCUCCUCCACUUGGUUUUCUGGAUUUAAGAAAUCUACCUUUGACAAUUCUUUUGUUUCUUUGAGACAUGAUGGCUUUAUGUAUCUUCCAAAGAUCUUUUGGAACAGGUGCAUAAUAGUGUCAUGCAAGCAGUGGGCGAGAGGGGCUUCACUUUGCAGCAUCUCAUACAAACUAUCAAACACAGGCAAAACAUUAUGCAAAAACAGGUAAUACAGUUCAAUUUGUAGAUUUUCAAAGAUUAGUUUGAGAUUUUACACCAGGAUAUGCCUUCAAAGCUAGAUAUUGCUGAAGUAGUCUGGUUAAACAAUGCUGCAAACUUAGCCCUCGACUUAGCACAUGGUCCAAAAAAAUUCUGCUUUCUACACUGCAAAAAUCAUCAAAUUCUUUCAGUAUUUCUUUUCUUUUAGAGCUUCUUGAGAAGUGACCAUAUACUCUAGUUACUGUAUUGUCAACAUCUACUGCUAACAUCUUUGUAGCUUUGUUAGCCACAAUGUGAAUCAGAUGGUAUGGACACCCAACAUUAUAAACCUUGGUUUGCUUUCCUUUUAGUUCUGUAAGAACAAAGUGAUUAACUCCCUUCUUUAUAGAGGCAUUAUCACUGGAGAAUUCUAUUAGAUUCUCCCAUGGAAUGAAAUGUUCUCGAAAGCAUUCAUUUAUCUUCUCAAAUAUGGAUACAUUGAUACCUAUAUUACAUUUAUUUAAAUCUAGAAAUCUCUCCACUACCAUUCCUUCCUCUCCAUUAAAUACCAUACUAGUAACACUAAUUCUUUGCAAGCUUCAUCAUGGAUUGCAUCGAUACAUACCACGAAAGGCUUGGAACAGAUUGCAUCGCCAGAUCCCUUUAAAGCAUUCUCAGCAAAGGCUUGAUCAAUACUGUGUAUUUGUCUUCGAGUGCUGAUCCCUGUGUGUAUUCCACUGUGGGUACAUGUGUUCCAAGCACCUGGAGCAGAAGAAUUUUGAAAGCAGAAUUCGGCAUACCUCUGACCAAGGUGGGCUGACUACGGCUUUCUCUUCCUCAAAAGAUUCUGAACUACGCGAUGAACCAUUAAUUCCUCCUCCAAAACAUGCCUUCCCAGACAGGAGGCCUGAACCAGCUUAGAAUCAACCUCCAUCUCAUCAUCUGCCUCACAGCUGUUAGUACCCCAUGCCAUGAGGACCUCUGCCACCUUCAUCUAAUUCAUUUUAUUGGCCUUAUUCAGAACCAUGUGACCCUUACCAUCCCUCCAUGCAGGGCCGGCUCCAGGCACCAGCUUGGCAAGCAGGUGCUUGGGGCGGCCACUCCAGAGAGGGGCGGCAGGUCCAGCUAUUCGGCAGCAAUUCGGCGGAUGGACCCUCACUCCCGU